AUGUCGUUCCAAAAUGCAGACUCCGAGGAAGGGAAGAGCGCCGAGGACGACUCCCAGCAGCCAGUUGAGCAGUCAGACAAGCUAGCCCCUGAAUCUGAUGAUGCGAACAAGGACGCCGAUGACCCCGAGUACGCAACAGGCUUACGCCUGUUUCUCGUCAUUUUCACCAUGAACAUGAGCGGUCUCCUCACAGCCCUGGAGAUUGGUAUUAUCGCAACUGCCAUUCCCUCCAUCACCGACACAUUCCAUGCACUUGACGAUACAGGAUGGUAUGGAAGCGCAACUUUCCUCGUUACCGCUGCCACUUCAGGAGUAUGGGGCAAGGCGUACAAGUACUUCCACGUCAAAUAUGUGUACCUUGCCGCUAUUGCAAUAUUCUUAAUUGGGAGCAUUGUAGUUGCAACAGCUCCGAAUAGUAUUGCCGUCAUUAUUGGCCGGGCUAUCCAAGGACUCGGUAUCACCGGUGCAAUGAACGGAUCUAUCAUUGUCAUCAACUACAUCUCCCACCCUUCGAAGCACCCUAUGUUGAUUGGGAUCUGGAUGGGCAUCUUUAUGGUAUCAACUGUUCUCGGGCCUAUAAUCGGCGGCGCCUUAACAAGCGGCGUCUCCUGGCGGUGGUGUUUCUAUAUCAACUUACCACUUGGUGUCCCUAUCGUCGUGUUGUUACUGCUCUUUUUGCACAUACCAAAACACAUCAAACCUGAACCUGCGACCUGGAAAGAGAUCUUCUUACAAUUAGACCUUCCGGGUUUCAGCAUCAUCCUUACUUCGCUUGUAUGCCUCACCUUGGCCCUGCAGUGGGGCGGCCAGAGUAAAGCAUGGAAUAAUGGCUCUGUCAUUGCCACCUUGGUCGUUUGGAUUAUACUCACGAUCGCCUUCGUCAUCGUUGAGAAGUUCCAAACUGCACGUGCUAUGGUUCCUAUCAGGCUCAUAAAACCACGUGUGGUGUGGGCUAAUGCCUUGUGGUCCUUUAUCACCACCGCUGCUUUUUACCAGGUCAUGUUCUAUCUUCCGAUUUUCAUGCAAUCCAUUCACGGCCAGUCGGCCAUUAUAGGUGGCGUCAACACCCUUCCGUUCUUGGUGUUUUUUGGCGUGGGAACCAUGGUCAGUGGUAAAGUCGUUGAGAAAACACGCUACCUGCAGCCUUUUCAGGUUCUCAGUGCGCUCUUGAUGACUGCUGGCAUGGCGCUGCUAUACACUCUGGAGAUCGACUCAUCCAAAGCUCGGUACAUCGGUCCUCAGGUUCUCUUUGGGUUUGGGGUUGGCUUUGGUAACCAGAUCCCUAUGAUGGCAGCGCAAGGCUUAUCUAAGCAGGAGGACGUGCCGAGCAUCACUGGAAUCAUGUUUAUGGCACUAUCGAGCAGCGCUGUCUAUUUCAUCGUAGCAGGGCAGUCUAUCUUUAACAACCGCCUAGUACAGACUCUUGCAACUAUUGCCCCUAAUCUCGACGCUGCCCAGGUUCUAAGCACAGGCGCAUCCGACAUCCACAAAGUCUACAGCGGCGAAGUUCUAGAGGAUGUGCUCAGGGCUUAUAUGACAGGAAUCAAGGACGUUUUUGCCUGUGGUUUGGCUGUAUCAGUAGCUGCUGUUCCCCUGGCCAUGUUGAUCCCAUUCCUGAGACUGGGGGAACAUAAAGGUGAUGAUCAAAAGACAGAAGAGAAGGCGCCAGCCGUUUAA